AUGGGCUUCGGGAAGUCCUCCCCCUUCUUGGCUCUCAGCAUCUUGGUCCUGUGCCAGGCAGGCGGCCUCCAGGCAACACCGCUCAGGUGGGCCUUGGAGAGCCUCCCAGACUCAGAACUUGCUGCUCUCAAUGAGAAGGAUGGGCGCCUCAUACUGGCUUCACUGGUGAAGGCCUAUGCACAGAGGAACACCAAUGAGCUGCACCAGCCUGAGAAACAGGGCCUGGAGGGAGAGGACUCCAGUGUCACUCCCAAGAAGAGAAGCUGCAACACUUCCACUUGUGUGAUCCAUCGGCUGGAAGACAUUCUGAGCAAACAUGGGGGGAUAUUUAAGGAAGACUUUGUGCCCACUAAUGUGGGCCCUGAUUCCUAUGGCCGUCGCCGUAGGGAACUUCAGGCCUGA